UUCUAGGCAAGCAGGCUGCGAUGGUGGGUCCGGCUGGUGCGCGUGCGUCUUUGACCCGCUUCCCUUCUCGACUGCUUUCUACCGUUUUUGCUCGUCUGCCAAUCUCACAAAACCAACCCCGUUGAAGAAAUUUCUUCUUCCAAUACCUGUCUUGUUUAAUUUUUAACCUGAAUUCUUCUUCCCUGAUUUCCUAUUUUUGUAGCACAAUCUAUCUUUGCUUGAAUUCCCCUUUGCAUUAUAGAAAGUCAAAUAAAUUAUUUUCUGGUUUUUAAUAUCAAUCGGUCAUCUUGCGAGGGCUUCCGUUUCAUUUGCGAUUCGGUCAAUGGGAAAUACACUUCUGGGCUUUCUUUCCUGUUUUCCUGUUUGGAUGAGUCCUUGACUGGAAACUCUCUUCACUUGAUUUUGUUGUUUCGGGCGGCAAUGAAGUAAACUGGGUUUUAGCUAGCAAAAGAAAGGACAAAUGAUGCAGCGAAUGAUGUCGGCUUUUUUGUGGUUAGUUUUGGUGUUCGAUUUAGCUAUGAGAGUCGCUGGUAAUGUAGAAGGUGAUGCAUUGAAUUCUUUGAAGUCCAAGUUAAAUGACCCUGACAAUGUGCUACAAAGUUGGGAUGCUACCCUUGUCAAUCCAUGUACAUGGUUUCAUGUUACAUGCAGUGCUGAAAAUAGUGUAACACGAGUUGAUCUUGGAAAUGCAAAUCUAUCUGGUCAACUGGUUCCAGACCUUGGGCGGCUUCAAAAUUUGCAGUAUUUGGAACUUUAUAGCAAUAACAUAAUUGGAGAAAUUCCAGAGGAGCUUGGCAAUUUGUCCGAGUUGGUCAGCUUGGAUCUUUACUUGAACAAGUUAAAUGGUCAUAUCCCUCCAACUUUGGGAAAGCUUACAAAACUACGCUUCUUGCGUCUCAAUAACAACACGUUAUCGGGCAUUAUUCCUGGGUCUUUGACUACUGUUACAUCCCUACAAGUCCUGGAUCUCUCAAACAAUAAUCUCACAGGAGAUAUUCCUGUCAAUGGUUCUUUUUCACUAUUUACUCCUAUCAGUUUUGCAAACAAUAAACUCAAUGCUCUUCCAGCUUCCCCACCUCCUCCUAUCUCACCUACUCCAUCUUCUUCAGGUAGCAGUACAACUGGAGCUAUUGCUGGGGGAGUUGCCGCAGGUGCUGCAUUGCUGUUUGCUGCCCCUGCUAUUGCUCUUGCUUGGUGGCGAAGAAGGAAACCGCAAGAUCAUUUCUUUGAUGUACCUGCUGAAGAGGACCCAGAAGUUCAUUUGGGGCAACUCAAGAGGUUUUCUCUGCGUGAACUGCAAGUUGCAACAGAUAAUUUUAGCAACAGAAAUAUUCUGGGUAGAGGUGGAUUCGGCAAGGUUUACAAAGGACGCCUAGCUGAUGGUUCUCUGGUUGCAGUGAAAAGAUUGAAAGAGGAGCGUACUCAAGGUGGAGAGCUGCAGUUCCAAACAGAGGUAGAAAUGAUCAGCAUGGCAGUUCAUCGGAAUCUGCUUCGUCUACGUGGCUUUUGCAUGACCCCUACAGAGCGGUUGCUAGUCUACCCCUUUAUGGUUAAUGGAAGUGUAGCAUCAUGUUUAAGAGAACAUCCAGAAUCACAACCACCGCUCAGUUGGCCAAUACGGAAGCGAAUUGCAUUGGGAUCUGCAAGGGGGCUUGCGUAUUUGCAUGAUCAUUGUGACCCAAAGAUUAUUCAUCGUGAUGUGAAAGCUGCAAACAUAUUGUUAGAUGAAGAAUUUGAAGCUGUUGUUGGAGAUUUCGGGCUUGCUAAACUCAUGGACUACAAAGACACCCAUGUAACCACAGCAGUACGUGGAACAAUUGGUCAUAUAGCUCCUGAGUACCUCUCAACUGGAAAAUCAUCUGAGAAAACUGAUGUUUUUGGGUAUGGGGUCAUGCUUCUUGAACUGAUCACGGGACAGAGGGCUUUUGAUCUUGCUCGGCUUGCUAAUGAUGAUGAUGUGAUGUUGCUUGAUUGGGUAAAAGGACUACUGAAAGAUAAGAAAUUGGAAACACUAGUUGAUCAUGAUCUGCAAGGUAAUUAUGAUGAACAUGAGGUGGAGCAACUCAUCCAAGUGGCUCUGUUGUGUACUCAAGGCUCUCCGAUGGAACGACCCAAGAUGUCAGAGGUGGUCAGAAUGCUGGAAGGUGCCGGGUUGGCCGAAAGA